CCAACCUCAACCUGCACCCAAGGGACCCCAACAGGCACCCACAACCUCCCCCCAACACAGCAGACGGCGAGACCAUGAAGACUGUGGUGGCUCUGCUGCUGCUCUGUCUGUGUGAUCCUGGACAGACUGACUGCCAGGCGGACUGCGUAUCCUGCAGCAACAUCCUGCCCAAGCCGCUCAGUUUCAACACCAUGGUGUGUCUCACUGAGUGUGAAGCCGUCAUCUCCCCGGCCUUCUCCUGGGACUUCUGUCACAAGGUGCUGUCAUCAUCAAUUUUCUCCCUUACUGGUACCAUGCGGAAAAGAUCUCAGGAGGAGGUGGAGGCCCUGUUUCCCGAAGAGGAGGAGGAGCCAAUGGAGAGGGGUUUGCUGCUGCCCUUUGCGCUGCAGAGGUAUGAUCCCAUGACCCGGGCUCUCGGGGUGGACGAGAGGGAUCUGGGCGGCCAGCCGAACACCGCCUACAAUGCUCAGAGCGCCCUGUCUCUUAAGGAUGAGUUUGAGGAGGAGGAGGAGGCAGGGCAGGAAGAAGGGGCUGUUGACAUGGCAGCGAGAGGACAGGGUGACGCGGGGCUCAGUGUUUUCAAGAGAUUCGGCGGCUUUGUCAAGGGGAGGCACGCCUACAGGAAGCUGAUGUCUCCGGCGGGAUCGUACCAGAAGAGGUACGGGGGCUUCAUCGGCAUUCGGAAGUCGGCCCGCAAGUGGAACAACCAAAAACGUUUCAGUGAGUUGCUGAAGCAGUAUCUGAGCACGAAGGCCACCGAGUUCAACAGCGUGUCAGAGGACCUCGCCCAACAGAAUGAAGUUUAACCCACCUUCACGGCACUGACAUGAAACAGUUUGCUAAUGUAUUUCACCAACGUGUCAAACUUGAACUGGCGUCCCCAAAGUUGACCUUUACAAGUCAAUUUCCAAAAAGGAAAAACUGAGCCCGAAAUCCGAGACUCCCAUUGCAAGCGUCUCUGUCUCAAGAAUUUCCGCUUCUGUUUUUCAUCCUUUUAAUGAUGAUGCUAAAUUAUCAGACCUAAUUUUAUACAUUCUCAAGUGGCUCCAGUAGAAAUGUUGGUCCCCUUCAAAACCUGUUUAUUCUGAGCAGUGACACUCCUAUCUGGCACCCUGAGUCAUCCAGGUCUCCCAUUUGUUGCCCCUCCUGGACUGCACUUUGGUCCAUUGAGUACCCGCCCAAAGCCCUGUCCUCUGAAGCUUUCACGCUUUACAUUUUUUGGUAAUCCUGCAGUGAUAUACAGUAAAACAUAGGCUUUAAUAUGCUUUUUAUGUAAACUGCUUGGUUAACAUUGGCAUUAUCAUUGCUAUUCCGAUGACAUAGUUUCCUUCCCCAAUGCACUACUGUGCAUGGUCAUGUGAUAAAAGUGCUUAAUGUUCUUAUAUUGAGGCCUCUAGCGUUUUCUGGGAUAAAUCCAGUCUCUUUCAGAGGACCACGCCAGUGUUUUUGUUUCAUGUUUUGCCAUAACGGUUAGGGUAAUGUGAAGUAUAUUGUAUGUAACUUGUAGUAAAUAAAUGAAAACAUGCAAAAAUGCA